AGGAAAAGUGGCACUCGUGGAGCCCGCCGGAGCGCGGAGGAAAUAAAAGCGGCGGCGGGCAGGAAGUGUGAGGAGGAGGAGGAGGAGGAAGGGGAGAAGGAGGAGGAGAAGAAGGAGGAGGAGGAGGAGGAGGAGGAGGAGGAAGAAGAGCAAGAGCCGGCAGAGGCAGCAGCAGCAGCCGCUGCUUUCUCAGAAGAGAAAGCAAAAGCCGCAGGCGGCUCGGUGCCGCCCGGCAUCCGCGGGGCUGCGCGGGGUUGCGCGGAGCGGCCAUGGCCCGGGAGAACGGGGACGGCGGCGGCUCCUGGAAGAAGCAGGCGGAGGACAUCAAGAAGAUCUUCGAGUUCAAGGAGACGCUGGGGACGGGCGCAUUUUCUGAAGUUGUUUUGGCUGAAGAGAGAGCUAGUGGGAAACUAUUUGCAGUCAAGUGCAUUCCCAAGAAGGCACUGAAGGGGAAGGAAAGCAGCAUAGAGAAUGAAAUUGCAGUCUUGAGAAAGAUCAAGCAUGAAAAUAUAGUUGCCCUGGAAGACAUCUAUGAGAGCCCAAACCAUUUAUACCUGGUCAUGCAAUUAGUGUCUGGGGGAGAGCUUUUCGACCGCAUCGUUGAGAAGGGGUUCUACACCGAGAAAGAUGCAAGCACCCUGAUCCGGCAGGUCCUGGAUGCCGUCUACUACCUGCACCGAAUGGGCAUCGUCCACAGGGACCUCAAGCCUGAGAACCUGCUUUACUACAGCCAGGAUGAAGAGUCAAAAAUCAUGAUCAGUGACUUUGGAUUGUCAAAGAUGGAGGGCAAAGGAGAUGUGAUGUCCACAGCCUGCGGGACUCCUGGCUAUGUUGCUCCUGAAGUGUUGGCCCAGAAACCCUACAGCAAAGCUGUGGACUGCUGGUCCAUUGGGGUCAUCGCAUACAUCCUGCUCUGUGGAUAUCCCCCUUUCUAUGAUGAAAAUGACUCCAAACUCUUCGAGCAGAUCCUCAAGGCGGAGUACGAAUUUGAUUCUCCAUAUUGGGAUGACAUCUCUGAGUCUGCUAAAGACUUCAUUCGGAAUUUGAUGGAGAAGGACCCUAAUAAAAGAUACACCUGUGAGCAAGCAGCACGACACCCUUGGAUUGCUGGCGAUACAGCACUCAACAAGAACAUCCACGAGUCUGUCAGUGCUCAGAUCCGGAAGAACUUUGCAAAAAGCAAAUGGAGACAAGCGUUUAAUGCCACGGCAGUCGUGCGACACAUGCGGCGGUUACACCUCGGCAGCAGCCUGGACAGCACGAGCGCCAGCGUCUCGGGUACCCUCGGUCUCGCCGCGCCACUGUCUGAUACAACCACCCGGAAAGAUUGUAUGUCUCCAUCCACUCUCUGUAGUUUUGUUUCAUCUGCUUCUUCAGGCGUUUCGGCAGUAGGAGGGGACCGGAGACCCAGACCCACCACAGUGACCACAGUGCACACAGGGAGCAAGUGAGAGCCCGGGCGGCCGGGGCUGAAGGACUAGAAGAAAGAAGAUUUUUUUAUGGCCAUAUUUUAUACUGCAAUUCUGAAAUGUUUCAUUUAUCACAAACUGCAAUGACUCCAGGGGGAACGGAUCUAAGUCUCUGGUGCUGUACAUAUAUAUACAUAUAUAUAAAUAUAUAUAUAUAUAUGUGAGUCUAGCAAUGUUCUAACUAAUGAACACUCAUUCUUUUCCCCAGUGAUUUACUCUUUUCUCAGUGUAGGUAACAGUAUAUGUUGUAUUAUUUUUUUUUUCCAUUAACUACAAACAUCUCAACUGGAUUAUUUAAAUAGAGAUACUUUUCUGAGCAUUAUAUAUAUAUAUAUAUUAUUUUUUUUUCAUUUAAGAAGUACUUCCAGUAAUGUCCCUCCUCCCGGUUUGCUGGGGGAUAAGCUGUUUCUGUAGGUAGGAGUUGAUGUUAACUUGGCAACCCAGGAGGAUUUCAAUGGCAUGCCAUUUCUCAAUCCUCAGACUGGACUGCAAGCCUGGCUGGCUUUAGCAGAGCUACUGCUGCUCCGAGUAAGAAACCACUGCUUUCCCUCCCCUCCUCCUCCUUGAAAGCCACAGGGAGAGUUCAGUCACCACCAGCCCCAUUACCGCAGUGCUGGCAGCCUGCAGCACCCUUGUUGGAGAGGAGAGGCUGGCAUGCGGUGCCUUUGAGGAGCAGACCAGGGCUGGGCAAGCGAAACAACUGAGCCUCAUCCUGCAGCAGUUCCCUCCUUGGCAAUCCCUUCCAGCCACCGCAUGUGAUGGGCAGAGUGAAAUGAUUUCUGCGUGACUCGGUUUCUGCCCCUGGGGGAGGGCUAAUGCUUGUACCCCUCUGUAGAGCUCAUAAACAAAAGCUAAUUCAACAUUUUUUUUUUGUUUUGUUUUUGUUUUAAUUACUUAAUAAAUGCAUUUCCCAGGCUACACAUGCUGGUGCAUGAUUUGGGAACAGCCACCGUGUUGCAUGUCCAUGCACCCUGAAAUAGAGAGGAGAGCAAAUCUGCCCUCAUUUGCCCAGCAGCCCCUGUUUAUUUCUCUUGUACCCCAAACAGGCUCAUCCCCACCCAGAGGCACAAGCCUUGUGCUCAAUCACCAUGUUCAUGUCCUUUAUCCUGCACAAAACUUUGUGUAAGGCAGUACAGGUGCAGCUGAACGGAUCAGGCAAUAGUGACUGUGCUGUGAAAAGCCCUAAUUAUUUGUCAUCGAGACUUCAAACUCCUGCUUCAGCUUCACUUGGUUGGCUUUGACCAGCAGAGUUGGGAUUUCAUCCAUCACAAUUGGAGUGCCACUCCUUUGAUGGCACUUGAUAGAAGUCCAGUUUCCUUGCUCUUAAGCUAUUCCCCAUUUUCGGAGGGCUGCAGCACAUCUGAAUGAGCCUCUCUGCUGGGGACAGCCACCCAUGCCUGCAGGGAUUAGCAAAACCCAUCAGAUUUGGGCAGACCAAAGGUAAAGGGAUGUCCUUGCUGAAAGCCAUGCUCCUGUCCCACGCUCAGACCACUGUCACCAUGAGAUCAUUGUCACCGUGACAAAGGUCGCUGAAAAUUGUUAUCGUACAAUUUACCAAUGCCAAGGCUACUUUAUUUCACCAGCCUGAGGAAUGAAGUUUAGUUUGGGAGACUCCUAUCACAAGAGACUGGAGUUAUUCUGCACCCACCUGAUUUCAUACGCUCAGCUCUGCUCCGGAUGCAUGUAUGUACAUGGGCAGUCCCCCAGCUUGGAGUCAGUGGAAUUCCCACAUUUAUGCUCAUGCCACCAGAAGCAGGAUUUGUUUAGGGGAUAUUUUGGUCUUUGAACAAUUGCUGCUAAGGUUGGGGCUCAAGCAUUCCCUCUUUGCAUUCCCUCUUUUCUGAAACGCGAGGUUUGAUUUGAACUCAAUGUAGUUGCUGAAGCUACUAUGCAAAACAUAACAUUCAAAUGUAUCUUGCAGGAAAAAAAAAAAAAAAAGAAAAAGAAAAAAAAAGUAGAAGAAGAAAAAGGAAGUGAAUGGAUUUCCAUCUGCAAACCAAAGAGCAGUGAUGGGAGUAAAGGUGGAUGUGUUGUCCUGUAUUCAGGGGGUUCUUGUACACCAGCUGCCCUAUAUGCUCAAUGUUUUCUGUGUUUUUUAUUGAGGGGUAUUUCUUCUUUCCAAACAUGCAGUUCGCUUUUUUGUCCUUCCUGUACCUCGUAUUCUGCCAUAGCUGUGUAAUUUAUCAUCGUUAUUUUAAGUUUGUUAUCAACCACUGGGAUGUUAAGACGAGAAACAAGAACACUUAGAAGCAAAAUUGUUUUUUUCUGGUACAUUUUUUUGUGGUGGGAAGCUCUUCUUUUGGAUCGGUGAGACACAGCUGGGGACCUGACCAGGUUCUCCAUGCACAUAGGGUAGAGGGAUCUCAUCACCAAGUCCCAAAAUAUCUCUUGGAUAAAACUUAACUCUGACCAAAUCUGUUAACUGGGAUGGCUUAGCAGCACUUGGGAUGAGUGUCUGGGGGCUGGAGCUGUUUGCCCCUGAGCAGCACAGCUUGGCAAGGCAAACACCCCAGCAUCACCUGCCAGGGAUGCUCCAGUGCCACUGUGAGUCCUUCCCCUGCACCAGUAAAUGGUGUGUGCAGGUGGGGAAGGGGCUGAUCGCCCAAAAGUAGAAUGUUCAAAACAAACCAGACCUUGCCAUGCCGGAGCAGGUAGAACAAUCCUUCUGGGCUCUUUCCCAAUGGGCCGUCCUACUAAACAAGCUGUGAUUUACUCCCCGCACGAGGACUUCAGCCUGGGCUUACCUGUCUGUUUCCCUUUUCUGCUUUACUUGACUGGCACCGAUGUGUUUUCCGUUUGUAACCUGUUUUCCUCAGCUCCUUCCCCUUCUUUUUCUUUGCUUGCAGCUUUGAUUGUUGAUUUUUACCUCCAGAGUCACAGAGGCCAUCUUUGAUGCCAACAGCAGAGUGCUCUUGCUGGGAAAAUAAAACUAAAAAUCCAGAAAACCUCCAGCUGGCCCCUUAGCCCGCAGAAGAAGGGUGAGGACAGGCUGCCCGUGAACUCUGCGAGCUGAAAGUCAGUGUUGCAGUGGCAGGGGCUUACGCUGCUGAUUUUGCAUGUGACUUCAUUCCCAGUGCAUCCUCACUGCCUGCUGGAUCACCCCUUCUGCAGCACGGAGUGGACAUGCCGCACGGGGGGAAGCAGGAGUACGGGGAAACCUGGCAGUGUUGCUUCCCUGAGACUGUGUUACCCUGCUGGUGAUGUCUUUUCUGUCCUGGUUGCUCUUGUACAGGUGCCAUUAGAUUAGUGGGGUCAGAAAAAAAAAUAAUAAUUGGAUUUUACCUACUCCUCGUGUGUCUGUUUUGGUUGUGGCACUGAAAUAAAACCAAGAAAUGAUGGAGGUUCAUUCCUGAAAUGAAUUGAACCAUGGAGAUGGUUGUCUGCCCUCUGGUCAUCAUGUUCAUGUAGUCUGCAAUAGGCAUUGGAUUGGGUUUUGCUCUGUGCGUGUUCCCUGUAUACCUCCAUAGCUACCAACAGCAUUUUUUCUGUAAGCAGUUCUCCUUCUUUCUGCUCAGCUCCAAGGAGCUCCAGAGCUUGCCCAGAACUAUUUCCCAGCCCCAGGAGCCAACACAGCCAGAGGAAUGCCCAAGAAGAACAGUGUCAGUGGCCCUGAGGCUACCCCUUCCUUAAAAACAAGCCUGGUUUUAGCAAAACAAGCCCCAAGGGAAAGCCAGACAAUUUAGCCAUUGGUGAGCAGGGAGAGUUUUGUCCUUCAAUGUGAAUUUGGAGUCAACUAGAUAAGCUAUAAGGAAAGCUCUGCUAACAUUUCCCCCUAGGGUAACAGCUCAAGGUACGAGCAGUGCUAGCUAGAUGAACUCUGCUUAAAAACACCAGUCCGACUUCACCAGUGAGUUCAGGCAGACAGUAGGCUGUUGCUUUUGGUCUUUGUAAAGAGCUGAGGGAUUCAUAUACCUGAAAAAAAAAGAAGCUUCUAGCCUGAGCCCCAAGGUACAGAAGUAUCUUUCCCUCAGCACAUGGAAAUUGCCAUUUAAUGGGAUUACUUGUGUUCCUGCUCUUACUUGCAUGUUGAUCUGGUUGAACUGGAGCCUGGACGCAUCCCUGAAAUUAUUCAUGGGAAGGGAGUUUUGCCUUCAUUGUCGUGCUUCUUUGCACCAGAAACUCGAUGCUAAGAACCACACUCAUUCAAGCAAAGAGCAGAAACAUGCCCGGAGACUGCAGCAUCCAAUGCAAAUAGCAUCAAAACGGAGCACAGAGGACACGCUGGCAACGGCUGAGAGCAGGAACCUGCCCACAAGCACUGUGCAAACAGGGUUUCCCCUGGUACAUUACUCAUCCCCGAUUUCUCGCCCAGCAGCAGUUUUAUUCCAUCCCUUUCAUUUCCCCACCUUCCCUGCAGCUGGGUCCUGCCUGUCCACCCCUGCGUGCGUGUGUGUGUGUGCGUGCUCUGGCCCCAGGGAUCACAGGUCCCACUGCUGGGAAAUCAGGAGCUGGUUCAGGUUUUUUGGUCCAACGUUGUGCUGUUGGGUCAAAGCUGUGUACAUAGUGUUUAUAGCCGAGGAUAAAGGCUUUUUAUCCCAGACUCUGGUUUUCAAGACCCCUUCCCCACCUCGAAGCGUGCCACUGCUCUGUCCAGUUGGUUAUUUUAUUCCUCCUUUUCAUAAACAGUAAGGUCAGAAGAGCAGCUCUUACAUUUUUCCAUGCCCCAGAGCAGAAUCAUGGCUUGUACACUCGCAAGCGCUGAACUAAUGAUGACACCAAAAUGUCCAAUAAAUGCAUGUUACUGCACUGCAUGUAUUAAACUGCUGUUCACUGUUUCUGUAUUUCCCGAGCCUUUUCUUUAUGCACAUUCGAUCCAGCCUUUUCUUCAAGGGGUUUCUUCUAGAUUUUGCUUUUAAAUGACUUAAUGUAUCUGUAACUUGAAAUCCAUCGUUAAGUUUGAGUAAAUGCAAAAGCUGAUGUUUUGUGAACAAGAUACUGCAAAACCUGAUAAUGUAUUUUGUCUUUCUGUGGAAUGCUCCGCAGCAUGUGCAGGAAGAGUCACCAUCCAGAGCAGCUGAAAACUAUGCAGCAGUCACGUACACACAUCUAGAAACAGGGAGAUGGGGAGGGUCCCCCUUUGAACAUGAUGUUAAAAGUUUGGCCUGCCUCUAAAAUACCUUCCCUGGGUUGCUGAUGCUCAGGGCUGCCAAAAAGCACGUCAGUGUGUCUCUUUAGGGUUGUUUUCUCUUUUUUUUUUUUUUGGUUCAUUUUUCUUAGUGAAAACUUUGGCUGGUUUGCUCAAUUCUUAGUAUUUUUCUCUUAGGAGGUAUUUCUUUCUUACCCGUUGCAGAAUGAACUGCAUUUUGUGGACCAAGAUGCUGUGAUUAUUUGCCUGCAUGAAAUAGGGCAACGAGCUGAGCUAAUUAUACCAUCAUUCCUGAAACAUCAAAUACAGAAGCGCCUUCCCCAGCAUCACCACAUAAAUACUUGCAGCCAGUCCUUCAGCCUCCAUGUAGCCGUGCCACCAUUUAUCUGCAGAAGAGUUUGGCAUGGUUCUUCCUCAACAUGGGAAACAUGGCCUUGCCUCGUCUUCCCUUAAUCAUUGAUCCAUUUUCAUGUAUGCUGGUCUUUCCGUGGCAGGGCAGGGUACGGGAUGGCCACGUGUUGGUUUUAGCACAUCUGGCCCAAUCCUUUUGUGAGUGUUGGCAGGGCAAUGGUCCCAGCUCCUCCAUGGUGUGGAAGGUGUUCGUCUUCUCAAAGCUCAAAACAAAGACAUCUGAAAGGGUUGGGUAGUGGGCUUGUGAUUAGGGCACGCCAAGUAGAAGGUCUAGAGAGAAAGUGCUGUGUUGGUAGCAUAGGGAGCAGGUAUCAGUCCUUGGAAAUUAUAUCAAGGUUUGUUCCAUGGUGGCUGAAAGCACCAAGAAGUCCUGAGCCCACCUUCAAGGCUGGUGCUCGGUGAGGAUGCCAUGUCAUCACCAAAGCACUGCCUGGCAGUGCAAAAAUCAUCAUUAAUGAUAGUUGUAAAUCAGCCCAAGUUCAGGUUGCUGAGGCAGCACAUGGCAGGAUGUUCCAUGGAGAGGUGGACGUGUCCUGUGGUUCCCAGUGGCUGGGAGACCCUAGGAGGUGCUCAGGGCAGCCCUAAGUUUUCCAUCUUUCAUCUGCAUCCUGCAAGUCCCGCCUAGUGUUGUGCAUGCUGUGUCUUACCAGGCCAAGCUGUAGCAUCACCCCCAAAGCAAAGAGCAUGGAAGAUCAUACAUAGCUCAGUGAGAGAUGUGGUGUGACUCACAUUUCUGGUCAACACAACAUCAGCACCCUGUUGCUUAUUGGCCUCUAGUUAAGAAACAGCAUUUUGGUCAGUUUGGGCUUUUUUUUUUUUUUUUUUUUUUUUUUUUUUUUUUUUAUAAUAAUAGAGAAAUAUUUGAUUUGGGUCAGCAAACAACCAAACAAAGCCCAGUCUGCCCAGAGCAGUGACUCCCCAGUGACCUCAACUGCAAAACAUCUCUUGGUCAACUUUUAACGAAAAUGCAAGCAUGUUUUCUACAAAGGCUUAAAUCUUAAUCAAGGAAUGUCAGUGUGCCUAAUAUUGCAGGUCUUGUGAUUGAUACAAGUUCAUAACAGCAUCCAUGUCCAAAAAGAAGGGAGAAUGUGUAUUUACUCCAUGCAUGUAUUAAGGCAUCGCAAAAGUUUUAUCUGCAUAAUGAGUUUGCAAUACUGCAAAUUGUUAAUGGGGCUACGUCGCAAGUGGUUCUCUGCCUUGACAAUCAUGUAUACAUAUCGAGAUUUCUAUCAUAAUGAGAAUUUAAAGGGAUGACUAAUUGUUUUCCUCCAAUAAAUCCAAUUAAAUCAC